AUGGCCCCCUACUUUGGAUUGCGAACAAAUUUAUUCGUAAUGAAGUCGGAACAACCUGAGAUUGUUGUAGAUGAUUCAAUGCUACUGGGACUUUCGAUCAAGGACACCCCUUUACUUGUAGAUUUAGAUACAGCAGCAACUGACGCUGUACGCUCGGCGAAGUGCUGCGUCGCGAAUGAUUUAAAUAAGUCGGCGGAUGAUAAUCAGGCGAUCGCGGCAUCACCUUUUCAUCCGAGACGCGAAUUACUACGUCAGGUUUCCAUGCGGCUUUAUUUAAAGGGCAAAGACGUGGCACAUGAUGUGCUGCGCAAUGUAGCACCCUUUCGACUGGCAGAUGCUGAGGAGGUCUGUAGUAAUGCGCACUCGAGUCUGGAGCAUGAGAUUCGCAAUUCAAAGAAGAUGAGAAAGCAUCUUUGGCUCCCUAAGACGCAGGAUGAUUCGGUGCUGCAAAAUUCAUCAAGUCAAGACCAAUCGGCAGUUGCAGAAUUUUUUGUAGCUCGUGUGACAGAUCCAACGUCAUACUUCUACCGUUUUCAUUAUGAUGAUUACCACCAUUUGGCUGUACAAAAAGCAGAGGUUCAACUUGUUGACAUCAAAUGGCUUAAGCCUCAUGAACAGGUUGUGAGCUGGGAACGAGUCAAUGGACUUCGUAAGGCAAUACUAUCGUGGGACGCGUAUACGGAACCACUACUGGUAGACGUAAGGACUGGAGCGAUCUUGGAUGGUCAUCAUCGCUAUCAUGUGGCUCUUCAAUUGCGUCUUCAGCAGGUACCAGCUGUCUUAGUGGACUAUUUGGGUGACAAAACAAUUCAGGUAGAUGUGUGGCCAGGCUGUGGACGUUCGCAAUUGACGAAAGAAGAAGUGAUUGCUAUGGCCUUGUCACCUGAUGUGUUUCCGCCUAAAACAAGUCGUCACAAGUUUUCAGAAAGUUUACCACCAAUUUCUAUUCCAUUAUCGAUAUUGCGACAAGUUUGUCUUCCUGUGACGCCGGUAGUGCCAAGUGAAGAGAUGCAGAAGGAAACACUGCAUUUGUUAGAGCGCAAACCAAGCUUGCAAAAUGUAUCAAUUCUCUUGAUCUGCGGUGCUCAAAAUCUAGCUGCAUCGGUGACAAAAAGUUUAUUUCGAGGCCGACUGCGAUUAGUUGAUCGUAUUCGAAAGUCAACACGAAUGGAUCUCAUUAGUCGUCCUUCGUUCGACCCGAAUGAUUUUUUCAAUGCAAUUCGCGAGAAUGACCUGACAUCGAGUUUUUGUCAACAAAAGGCUGCGACAUUGGAAGAUUUGUUGUCGGAUAAUAAAGAGCGUCGAGAAAAGUUUUUCUUGACGCGAAUUGCGGAUCCGACGUCAUACUUUUACAAAUAUCACUUUGAUGCUCGUCCACAACGGCAACCGAAGAAACUGGAGGUGCACUUAGCAUCUCUCAGCUGGUUGAAAGCCCAUGAACAUGUUGUGAGCUGGGACCGCGUCGAGGGUCUCCGUCGUGCUACAGUGCGUUGGAAUGCUUAUUUGGAACCGCUGUUGGUUGAUCGAGCUACGGGCGCUAUCUUAGACGGCCAUCACCGGUAUCACGUUGGAAUUCAACUCGAAUUAGCGAGCGUACCAGUUGUGUUGGUUAAUUACCUGGAAGACGAAUCGAUCACCGUCGAGGUUUGGCCUAAUUGUGGUCGUGACUCGCUAACUAAGCAGCAAGUGAUUGACAUGUCACUAUCUGACGAUUUGUUUCCACCGAAGACAAGUCGUCAUUCAUACUCGGACGAUCUACCACCUAUUUCAGUCUCCCUUGACCGUCUUCGUAUACCAUUGACAAAAGUAUAUACCACAUUGAAUUAA